UCGCGCACACCCUUGUCGCGGGGGUUUACGCGUCGCGUUUCGCUGCUUCAAGACGCCUCUCUCUCUACGCAAUCAACGAAGAGAAGCUCUCUCGACGGUCGCCGGUUUCUCGCGAGCCCUGAUCGUCGCCGCGUCUACGAGACGGUCGUGUCGACUCGCGAGUGUCGCGUGGAUUCAGUUCCGGUACAGUGGCGGAAACCGAGAGGAGAGAGCGAGAGAGAGAGAGAGUGAGAACAAACGCUGGUGGGAGAGACAGAGAGAGAGAGAGAGAGAAGGACAGUCAGUGCGACUCCGUGAUCGAUCCCAGUGUGUCUCUCGUCAAGGUGUUUUCUUUCCGCGGUCUUCUCGUUCAUCUAUUAUGCCACUGAUCGCGUGUGCCGAUAGAUCGCUUUGACUCGAGGUGCUCGACACAACAGAACGUCCGCAAGAUGUUACCGCAGACACCCGAUAUCAUCCCGACUACGCUCAACCAGCAAAAGUGCGUGAAAGCGCGAGCUCUGUACGACAAUAUCGCGGAGGCGCCGGACGAGCUAGCUUUCCGCAAGGGCGACGUGCUCACCGUGCUGGAGCAGAACACCGCCGGCCUCGAGGGAUGGUGGCUGUGCGCUCUGCGAGGACGGCAGGGCAUCUGCCCAGGAAAUCGAUUGAGGCUCCUGGUUGGCCAAUACGAUACGGGGGGUUGUUUGGUCGGCAGCAGGGCCGACCUAACCAUUUCAGAGGACGGUGUGCAGAGACACGGGAAGAGGCGUAGCUGGCAUGUACAGCCUAAUAGGGUUGUGACACCGCAGAAGUGCGGAGAUGUCUACCUCUACGACCUCCCAGCGAGCCGGGGCAGUCCUGCGCCGCCAUCCAGACACGAUUCACCCCUCAACUCGAACAAUGAGCACUCGCACAAUACGGGACGAUACACCGGCGGCGCGCGUACGACGACCGCCCCGAACGCGAACGACAACGCGAACGGCGGGGGUGGCGAUACAAACGAGUGCUACGACGUGCCGCCCCGUGCGAUCCCGGUGAUCCCGUCGCCGGCGAGCAGCCCGAGUCCGGCCCCGUCGUGCUACGACACCCCGCGGCCGCCGACAUCCUGCACGCCUAACUCGAAUUGCUCCACCGGCUCCGGCAUUACGCCCCUGGAUUGCUACGACGUGCCGCGACCUUUGCAACCCCUCACGCCCAGCAGCUCGGCUUCCAGCCUCACCAACGACGGCUCCCUCAGCGGUUCGAACAGAUCAAGUUUGGCCGCUCCCGAUUACGAUGUGCCCCGACCACGUCUUCCAGCCUCCUCAUUACCGUCCCGGCACAACACUCCCAUACCGAAGACCCCGACACCACCGCCGCCCACGCAACAAAUCUACGACGUGCCGGUGAACAAGGAGCUCCCAUUAGAGCUGGACUCCGCCUUGGAAGGCUUGCAGAGGUUGCAGAGCGAAGCGUCCGCCGCGAUAGCGAGGCUACUGGGUUUCGUGAGCCCCGGCUGGAGAACGCCGCAACGAUUAGACGCCACUCUUAUGGACCUCAGGCUGGCUGCUCUUAGGCUAAGAACAUCUUUGCAUGAUCUUGCCGAAUUCGCGGAAGGUACGCUGGGCAACGCGGGCAAAGCCCCCGAUAAGGGUUUGGCGACGAAAUUACGGCCGCUGGUAAAGGCGCUUCGUGAUUCCGACAAGCUCGUGCAGGAAGCUGCCACCGAAUUGGACACGAUAGAAUGGGACGCGAGUAAGCUAUGUCGUGGCGGUGGUGAUACACCGACACCUACUAAUGGACCUCCGCCCUCGUUAUUACCACCUGUACAACCGGAUCCCCUCGAUCAGCUGAUCGCGUGCGCUCGGGCACUCACGGAAGACGUCCGUCAGGUUGCCAGUUUCAUUCAAGGAAAUUCCACGUUGCUCUUCAAACGAGCGUCCAUCAUCUCCACGGGCAGCAGCAACAACAGCGGCGGCGCCGGCGAGGAUUACGAUUACGUGAACCUCGACUCACGGGAGGUCGUGGCGAAGCAACGGGAGGAGCUGAGAGCCUCGUUGCCGCAGGAGCUGCGCAACAACUACGAUCUGCUGGUGUCCGAGGCGGACAAUGCGACGAUUCAGAUGGCACCCACGACACCGACGCCCAUGGAUCCCAACGAUAAGCAGCUGUUAGCCUUCUACGCCGCUCAGGUGAUCACGCACGGCGCUCAUCUGACUCACGCGAUCGACGCCUUGCUGCAAACGGUCGAGCACAACCAACCACCCAAGGUUUUCCUGGCGCACGGCAAGUUCGUGGUGCUGAGCGCUCAUCGGCUCGUGCACAUCGGCGACACGGUGCACCGGAACGUGACGCGCAACGACGUGCGGACGCGCGUGCUGCAGUGCGCGAACGCCCUGAACGAGGCGCUCGCGCAGACCGUGUCGAAGACGAAGCAGGCCGCGCAGUUCUUCCCGAGCGUCAGCGCGGUCCAGGACAUGGUCGACAGCGUGGUCGACGUGUCGCACUUGGCCAAGGAUCUCAAGGUCGCCAUGAUACACGCUGCCCAGCAGCCAUGAAGAGAGACCCCGGCGUUUAUUGUCGCGACGACGAUGACGACGAUUAGGCCGCGAAAGCACAAGUUCCUUCAAUUCAAAUGCGAUCCUCACGAUCGAGAGCUCCUUUCUCGCUAAGCAUGAAACCGCGCGGAGACUGACGGAGGGGAGGGGGGGGGAUCGAGACGCGCGGAGGAGGCUGCGCGUUUUUCGCUAGGCGCUCCAGUGCUGCGAUUCUGUAACUCGUUAUUGGAGUUAACGACAGUUUCGUUAUUGUUGCGCAGCUUUUCUACGGUAUACGAAAGCUGCGCAACGAUAACGAAAGUGUCGUUAACUCCAAUAACGAGUUACAGAAUCGCACCACAGCGCGCAAUCAGCUUGAACGCUGAGAGCAGAGCGAGUCGCUGAUCCGACAAAGUCGAAGACGAACGCGCGCGCGCGCGCGUGCCCACGAAGUCUCGAUCUCCGCCUCUCCGAACUCUCGAAGAGCGAGCGUUGUCGCUGCUGAGAAUUUCCCGGGUACGUUCGUGGAGGGAGGAAGCACGAACGCACCGCGGGCCGCCGCUCCGUGUUACGUCAAGGUGAAUAAUCAGUGUCUCAGGAAAUUUCUGCGGAUUGUCCGUUGCGAAGCAUCGUCUUGCGAGAUCACGAGACACACGUGGCAGCUCCUGUUAUUAGACUUCAAGACUCUCAGCCCGCGCGUAUGGGCGUAUGAGCUAAACAACAGUAGAGUACUGAAAGCGCCUUUCUCCCUCUCUUGAAAAGGCACAAAGUAAGCAAAGUAGCGCAAGGUAGUGAUUUCGUUUGGAAUCGCGGUGAUAGUAUUUUCAAUUCCAAACGGCGAAAUAAUCAAACAUAAUCCACGCAUACGCGCGCGUUUCAGCCGACACAGAGAGAACAAACGCGCUGCGCGCUACUCACGCGCACACGCCGAUGUGUGCGCGCGCGCGCGCGUGCGCGCGCCGUGCAGCUAUUAAUCCUUCGCAUUAAUCUAAGAUCUAAAGAGAGAAUCCGUGGCCUAGGAACCUGCUACUGCCAAAGCUCCGGUAUAUAGAUUAGGUAAUAAGGGAGCAAAGGGGAAAGCCCUCCCUCCCCACUGCCCCGCAAUCUCUCUUCAAAAGACGAGUGUCUUUAAUUAUUGCGUACUCGUGCAAAGUAUAAGCAUCAUAAUCCUUCGUAGAGAAACCGAUACACAUAGCCGUGUAUCGCUCGCUAAGGUAAAUACGCGCGGAAUAAACGCGACGAGACGAGUAAUCGCGAGUGAUCAAGCUUUCCGGCACGUAUGCGCGUAUGAUGAGGAAGCACUCUUCGGAACGGCUCCCGCGUCGCUCUGCGACGCGAUCGAGUAUCGUCAUGUGUAUGUGUGUGUGUGUGUGUGUGUGUGUGUGUGUACCACAUAUACACGUGCGCGCGUACACACACACACACACACACACAACACACACAUGUUGUGCGUUUCUCGCAAAACUGAUUUGGAAAUGUAUACACCAGCGAUGCGUAGUGUACGCGAAUUGACAGUAUGUUGGUAGUUUUAUAAAUGUAUGUGUACAGUAGUAUACACACAUACACAUACACAUACACAUACGCGCGAUAACUAGACAAGACCUAUAUUCGUGUCUCUCUUUUAGAGCCAUUUUCAGCGACUGCUGACUCUAAUCUUGUCUCUAACAACUGUCCGAAGAAGAACCGCUUACUUUUUACACUCGAAGAAGGCAGCGUGACGAAGAGCGAUAUUGAUCGACGUUAUUCGACGACGAAUUGUGCACCGUCAGCCGUGUUUCUAUCUCCGGGGUUUGCGAGAGCGCACGUUGAAGCUCAGAAGAGAAAACUUGUGACAUCGACGAGCGCAAGUCCGAAUGCGCAAGGUCUCGCUAUUUUGCUGCAGGUUGCUCUCAGGAUCAUCCGGGAUGACACAAGAGGCUUGCAAAAUGAGAACCGGGUGGAGACGGAUUGCUACUUGUUACGCACAGUUUUUUUGGAGAACGAUUUUAAAGGAAUUUUAUACGAAGCAUUUUUACCGCCGGGUCACGAUUUUUUCGAGCGCCCAGGCCUUUUUACGGCUCUUCCAUAACAGCGAAUUGAUCACACACGAGCGCACAACUGUGAGCCGCGGCUAGCGGCGGAUUGAACUUUUUACAACCCGUUGUCGUGAAAUUUUUAUCCCGACACUCGCAAAAUUCGCUCCCUCGAACGACAGUUCCCACACUACCCUCGCACAAAGGAGGGAGGGUACAUCCAAAAGUUUGCUGGAAAAUCGUUUCUACAUGUUUUUUUUUAUAUCGUUCGGAUGAAACAUGUUUGAAAAGAAAAAAUAAUACGAGAUAAAACGACAUAAUAAAAUAGAGGCUCUGGAUUUAAUCCACCAAGAAAAAGGGCCAAUGAGAUUUUUGUGCGCAUAUUUUUUUUAAUGCGCAAUCGAAAUUUUUAACAAAUAUUAUUGCAAUGGGCUCUCACUUUUACUUUGUCUGCUAAACUUUUUAAUUAGCUCUGCUGAUCAUUGAAACUGUUUCCUUUCCGUGUUUGUAUAUUUAUUUAUUUUAUAAUUUUUACUUUAUUUGUUUGAUAUAUUUAUCUGUAUCUAUGUGAGAAAUCUAUGUAAAAAUAUGUCUAACGUGGGCGUUAUUUCUGCGUUGAGAUUCCGCGAGAGAUCCUCGAUCAUUCUCUCGAAUGCUAUAUAGACUAGUGGCUGUCGGGAGAGACGGGAGAGACGGGAGAGACGCGUACGAUCCGACCGCUGGCUCGCGGCGCACACUCGUUCCAAUGGCAUUCUCCAUACGCGCGAAAGUGUACUUAAAAAUGACUCGCCAGCUACAGAACUCGGCUCGUAGGUCGCGCGUGAAAUUACGCGGACGCGAGCAGCGUUUACAGCACACGUCGUUGUCAGCCGUGCGUUGAGACACAACCGGCCGUUUCGUUGCAGCUUUACAAACGCGCUCGCGAGCGCUCGUUAAGAUUUCCGUGAGACGCGAUCUCUCGACAUUUUCUUCUUUACUUAAGGGCUUUCACACAUACACACACACACAUACACACAUACACAAACACAAGCGCAUCGCCGUGUCCUCGCGAGCCUCACGAUACGGCGACUGCGUUUGACUUGCGAUAUUUGUGUGUCUCACGGAUAGUUUACAUUUAUUUUUUAGAGAUUAUACACCCGUGCAUAUCUCUGUCGUACAUAGUGAAGCGUUUAUACACGAAGCCUCGUUUAUGAGACCUGUAUUAUAAUUUAUUAGCGACGCGUUUUUGUAAUAUAUUGCACGUAUGGCAGGCAGUUACUGUGUACGUAGAGUUACUGUAUACUUAGAAGAAGAAGAAGAAGAAGAAGAAGAUGGAAAACAAAAAUUUAUACAUAGUCGAACUGAUAGGUGCUUAUCUGCGCGUUGAACCCACGUACUCAGAUGUGUCAUGUGUCGUAGGCGUUCAGGUGGACUAGUUUCUUCGCAUUUUGUAACGCAGGCUGUUAGGUGUGUUUGACUGACACCAAAACCGUGUCGAAGGAAGGCAAAACACCAAUUUGUCGUUGUCCUGAUUUCUCUGUCGCGUACACUGUCGCUUCUAAAACGGUUCGAACAUUUCUUCUUGAUGCAGCUUGAAGCCUAAUCGAUGGCUGAUGACGAAAGAACUUUCUUUUUUUUUUUUCUCUUUAUUUCCAGAAGAGUUGAGUCUUCUCUCAUCGGUUGUGGUUACAAACAGCAUCGGCGGAAAGUGUCCAAGCCGCGUUGGGACCACCAUGGUGUACACGAGAGAUUCGUGAGAAUCCUUUGGCGUAAUCGCGCAUCGCUCUGUGAAGUCUCCGCGGCGUGAUGGCGCGGCGAACGUAGCCGCGCAAAAUUGCCCCGAGACUUCAUGAGAGCGCCAACGAAUCACUCUUACCUUCUCCCCCCUCGUCUCCGUAACAUAACGGAUGUACGCGUAACUAUAUUUCGUAUUAUUAUGAUAAUUAUACAACUUACGAACUGCAUAUAUUAUAUGUCGAGAGUAGUUAUUCUAAAGUUACAACUAGAGGAAGAACUCUCGAGAUGUAAGACACACACACACACACACACACACGUGAUAUCCUCGGAGGAACUCUAUCACACAUCGAAUCGUUUUCUCAUGACGCUUGAAACCCAUUUUCGGUAUAUGGCGCGAGAGCGCCACUCUCUUUGUUUUGUCACUUGGAGAAAUCCUGCCGUUGCAUCGAACAAUAACACGCUCGGUCUCGCUCGGUCGAGACGCGCCACAAGCUGAAUUGAUUGUGUUACCUUUUAAGAACACCUUAUUUGUACAUAGAUAUAUUUAUACAUAUAUUAUAUAUACAUAUACAUAAUAAUAAUUCGUAUCACAAAACCAGAAUAUGUACACUUGAGCGUAUUGGUAUAUCCGACGAUACAAUAGUGAAGUAAACUUGUUUGAAUAUCGUGCAAUGUCAAAAAUAAUUUUUAAGCCAAAAUAUAUCUAAACGGAAAAAGGCGUUCAAAGGGAAUAUCUAGGCGAGACUAAUAUUCAUCUCAGACUCGAUCUUUAAAUGUAAGUAAAGAAGUUGUAUGAAAUUGAACUCAUUUUCAGUGCUUUGCAAACAGAAAUAGGUUAAAGAUUCUUCUAUUCUCUGCCAUGUACUUCAGGACACACAUCCGAACGACGAGAGGAUGAUCCUGCAGGAUUAAUUUUGCACAUUGACACGUUAUCUGUACACUUAUAGAUUUCGAUCGUUUCAAUAAAGAUACAUGGAAGAGAGAAUCGAGAGACGAGAUAGACAA